UUCGUGCAGUGUGACAAUGUUUCUGACAAAGGAUACUUCUAACUUCCGGAGGCGGAUAAAUAAUGCCUACGAUCGGUUGAGAAGAAGGGACAUUGUUCUCUUCACUCUCCGUAGCUGGUGGUUCCGGCACCGCGACUUCUUGCGCGGGCAUUUUGGUUGUAACCGGUGUAUUCGCGAAAACUAACGCGUGUUCCACGCCGUUCUCACAAAUGGUCGCCAUUACUGACACUGACAAUUACAGUGAUCGCAGCGACACCAUCCUUUUGUGGUUUGUCGCUUGACUAGCUAUCGAGUCAUCAUCGAUUGUCGAUAAAAUGGAGAUACAUAUUGUUUACCGACAGAUCAGAUCUAUCAAAAAUCAUAAUCGUGACGUAAUUUAUUAAAUAUGGCGGGAAGAAGCGGAACAGGUGCUGAUUAUGUGUGCGGAUAUAAUAAUAAAUAUACAGCCGUGGACACGGUAGCCUCGGCAACAGGCAUCAAUUUCGUAAACACAAGCACGCAUUGUCGUUCGCCGAGGGUUUGACGAAAAAAGCCGCCCGCCCGAUGUAUGAAGAUGUGAAUGCACCGCGACGGCUCGCACUUCCUUCCGCGUACGCCCGAAAGGUUCACCCCUGUGCAAGAAUCCCGCGUCUUGCUCUCGCCCGGGAUCGCGUCAUCGGCGGCCACCAGGUUCCGUCGUCGGCGUCGCUUUGACGAUGUCGGGCAAGAAGACCGUCGAGAAAGUCUCCGAGAUUGAUGCUCACAUUAGCAAACAGUACGACAUCGUGAAACGCCUUGGCAAAGGGGCUUACGGUAUAGUAUGGAAGGCGAUCGAGAAGAAAAGGAAGGACACCGUCGCGGUGAAGAAGAUCUUCGACGCCUUCAGAAAUCAAACGGAUGCGCAGCGCACAUUCCGCGAGAUUAUGUUUCUACUGUCAUUUGCCAAUCACGAGAACAUCAUAAAGUUGAUCGGACUUCACAAGGCGAACAACGAUCGGGACAUUUAUCUCGUUUUCGAGUACAUGGAAACUGAUCUCCACAACGUCAUUAAGCGGGGCAACAUCCUUAAGGACAUCCAUAAGGUCUUCAUCAUGUAUCAACUCUUUAAGGCGAUCAAGUACAUACACUCGGGCAACGUUAUCCAUAGAGAUUUGAAGCCAUCCAACGUGCUUCUGAAUGCACAAUGCCAUUGCAAGAUCGCAGAUUUCGGUUUAGCAAGGUCGGUGACGCAGAUUGGCGAGGGUGACGGCGAGACUGGAAGCGAUCCCACCCUGACGGACUAUGUCGCCACUCGGUGGUAUCGCGCGCCAGAAAUUCUCAUAGCUUCAAAGAGGUAUACAAGGGGAAUAGAUAUGUGGUCUUUAGGCUGUAUUCUUGGCGAAAUGCUGCUGGGGAAGCCGCUCUUUCCCGGUUCAUCGACGAUAAACCAAGUCGAAAGAAUAAUGGCGACCUUGCCCCCGCCGACAGACGAAGAUCUAAUAUCGGUCAGCGCCGGUUACGGAACCAAUCUGUUGGAGAAGACACCUAAUAGACCUAGAAGAGCUCUGAAAGAUUUACUACCGGAAGUGUCAGAGAAAGCUUUGGAUCUUAUCAGCAAUUUGAUAGUCUUUAACCCUACGCAAAGGCUUACCGCCGUCGAGGCGUUAGAACAUCCCUACGUCGCCGAUUUUCACCGAAGGGGAAACGAACCGGAGAGAGGCUCCAGCGUUAUACCGUUGCUGAAUGAUGAUGUGCAGCUUUCCGUCGACGAAUACAGAAAUAAGCUUUACGCGAUGAUGGACGAAAAACAUAGGAAGCACAAGAAUAUGUCAAAGUCCAGAUUGCGACGAUUAUCUGAAAGUAUCUGGAAAGAAACCAGUAAAAGCACGGUAAUUGGCCAAGGUGACGCUAUCGUCGCGUGUCCGUCAUUGCCAAAUAGGAAGACAAUUAGACCGUCUCAAGGCGAUAAUAAGGCGGUACAGGAAACUUUAACAAAUUCCCGACAUAAUGUCAGGAAUGUGGCGACGCAGUACGCUUGUAACUUGGCAAACAGCAGCCUGGGAAAUGUACCUCCGGCGGCAGCCAAAAGCUGUUUUUAUCUUAACCAGCAGCAGCAGCAGCAGUUGUCAAAGUCCCAGCGUUCCAUACAGUCUGAUCAGAUGGCAAUGCGCGGUGCCGGAAGCAGAUUGAAUCAAUUAGCGGUAUCGGCACCUCGCGCCAAACUGCGACGGGCCUGUAGGCAGCAGAUCUUCGCUCACGCACCGAGACCUCUCACCUCAGCGACCGCUCAUUGCCGCGGCGACCUAGAUCCUCGACCUAGAACGAUGCCGGCGAAGCCAAUCAGGAUGGAUGACAGUCCGAAAGGUAUCGGGCAAUCGCUGAUGCCCAACAACGUCACCAGACACUUUGCGAGGACGAAGACCGGAGGAACCAGCAGCCCGGAGUCGCCGUACGUCGUCGGUCAUCAUCAGACCAUUCGCAACUACUUAAAUCAAACGAUGCCAUUGUCGACGCAGCAGCAUCUUCGUGAACGAAAUCGCGGGUCCUGGCAAAACAGAGUCAACCUGGACAGAUCGUGCACCAGUGCGGAUAAUAACGAGAUCAACAAUCGUGUGAAAAGCGCGGCACGCAGUCAGGUGAGCCGGUUACAGACGAGGCACAGCUUCGACGGCUGCAGCAUCCAGAGGAGAUCGUCGACGACAACGUGCGACAGAUCGGGCUUUCUCAACAGUCACAAUCAGAAUCACGGCGUGAUAGCGGCCUCGAUCUACAAGGAUCUCUGUAACGGGACUAUAAACUGGUAAGCGUGCGGUGGGCGGGUUUCUCUUUACGGAGGAGCGAACAUCAGACGAGACAAUCGCGCGACGAUCGCUCUGCUUCUUCUUUCGUCGAGAUCUCGCAGGAUUCGAGAGCGAGAUGCGUGAAAGUUUCGAGCAUGUUACACGAGUCCUUUCAGAGGGAUCUCGACCGCGAGGAUACGAUUGAAUGUCCCGAGGACUUUUGUGGGGAGCUUGCAAUUGUAUUCAGCGAGAUAAAUCUGCGGUUCGAGUCUCUCCGUUUCUCCAUUUACCCCGGAGGAGAUACAAAACAUAGUAUGCUUUAUGUGGUUUUCCUAUAUAUGUUUCUGUCUGUAAAUCAUCCUUUUCUAAAUCAAUUUUUUGCACAAUUGCAAUUUACAUAUUUGAUAGACCACCUUUUCUAGUAAAUAUAUAUAAUAUUUAGUUUUAUAAUUUACUAACUGCAACAUUGUAAAUAAUAAUUUUACAACAAGAGAAAAAACUGUUGGAAUGAAUAACUUUGCGAUAAGAAACCGACGAUCGUCGCAAAGAGCUCUCUCGUCCGGAGUUCGUUCUUCGUUCAUCGUGUAAGAAACAAGCCACCUCGCGCGAACGAGUAAGGUUCCUAAGUAAAAAAGCAAAUUUUAUACAAAGUAAAUGCUAUAUAAUAUAUAGCUAUAAUUAAUGCUAUCAAACCGCGCAGUCGAUGCUCCGAGUUCUUACGGGGAUAAUCGAUCCGGCCCCAUAAACAUUAAAGUUCGGAGGCAAAUACGAUCCAUCAGGCUACUACGACUACCUCAACUUUUUAUACAGCAUAAAAUAUUGGGAUACAAAAUAUAGAGAAGCGGGAGUGAACCAUUCUCUUCCCCUCUUCGAUAACGAAAAUGCGACAAUAACGAUAUCAAAUAAGAGAUCGAGAAUUCUUUUUCCAAUCCCGGGAGGGGAAGAGACGUUCAUCUUGACAAAGAAAGAGCAAGGGCAAAGUAAAGGGCAGAAAUUUACAGAAUUCACUCCGUGGAAAUUCAAAAACAUGUAGGAGCGUAGGAUAUAAGGUAAACGCGUAUCGCGCGCACAAAGUCGAUUCAUGUGGGGCCAUGUAGGAAUGAGCGACACACAUUUUUCUAUAAUAUUUUAUUUAUACGACGCGGAUAUAUAUAUAUAUAUAUGUGGAACACGUACACAUAUGCACACGCGAUACGUACGUAUAUCCGUCAACUUAGUAUACAAAUCUCAUUGUACUCAUUGUACAUACUUGAUGUCGUGAUACUUUUGUCAGCGACGCUCGACAGCGUUCAGACUCUCGUGUAUAGUCUCGAGAGAAUAAAGUUUUAGUAAAGAAAAAGAACCUGUUCAGUAUACACAUAUCUGUUGUACGGUAAAUAGAUAAUUCGAAUUAGCGAAUUAGCUACUUUUCCAAUCGACCAAUUAAUUUUUAAUCAAGGAUUUUAUAUAUUUGAUUAUAAAUCACGUUUAUUUCAUUAUUGCACAUGUGAAGAGAUUAUUAUUAAUGGUUCUUGAGUUUCUCUUUAACACUGCCAGUUUAAUCAAUUUUAAUUCAAAAUUCUGUUCGGAUUCAAAUUUCCACGUUGUGCACGUGAUCGAAAUACAAGUUCAUGAAUAUUGCUAUUCAUUCCAAUCCCUAUAGGAUAGAUCGUGUGAAUCGAGAAAGCUAUUAGAGACUGCAACUGAUAUCUCAGAUCUGAAUUACUCGGCCGAGAAUAAUUGAGUUCUCUUUAUCCGCUGAACCGUCAAUAGCUCUUUCCGACGAAGAGAGUUACGUCCGUCUUUCGUUAAAUGAAAAUCGGAUCCGUUUUCAUUUUCCUCCGGACGUGUGCGAGAACGUGAGCUGGACGAAGCUUCCAUCAUCUGCAAGAUGAGCUCGGAGGAGAGUGAAAACGGAUCGUUCUGUCUUCCUCUGAUCUACGUAAGAGCAUUUUCUGCAUGAUGAUAUACACAUCGACUUCUC